AUGGUUACGAUUACAGACGUUUCAUCUGAGGAUUUGAAUAUUGAAGCAUCUAUUGCGUCCGCUAGAGAUCGCCAUGUUUUCUAUAAGCUGAAUCCGAUUCGUAUCGCUCGUGCAGCUGGUACGUUUGGUGGCAAACAAAGUCGCGAAUUUCAUCAUAAUUCAGUUAAUCAAGCAAUCAAUCUGGAGACCAAGCCGGUCGAUGUCGACUUCCGGAUUGGACAUGUCUUUCACGAAAGUGGCAAUAGGUUUGCAAACGGUGAUGUGAAAAUUAUUCUUUAA